UACUAUACAAUGGUCUGUAAUGGAUUUGAACACGUGUGUAUAAGUGUGUAAAAGAGUGAAUAAUCCUGAGUGCUGUAUAUGUGCAGCUGGUCUGGUCUUCAUCAGCUUUGUCAGUAUUCACAGCGGGAUGGAUGGAGUGUCCGUCCCUCCAGCAGAUCCUUCUGAAGCCAGUGAGGAUCAGUCAUCCGAAAGGAACGCGCUGGCAUCCAACUCCGAGUCAGAUUUUCUGAGAUCCGUGUGCAGCGAGUCGUCAUUCAUCAUGGCUCAGCCGAAAAUAUCCGUGGACGCGCCGUCCAAGUUAUGGAUCCCUACCGUGUUUGUAGUCAUGGUGGUUCUUCAAGUCGCCUCGACUACUGGAUUGUUCGUCUACCUCAACAUGUCAAUGGCUCAGGCUCGAAGUCAGGGCGUGUCUGAGGAGCUGCGCUGUCUUGGGCUGCUGAAUGCUCUGGACAAAGAUCAGGAGGUGCCGGAUAGUCUGGUACAGCUCUUUGGUGAACCAUGCAUCAGACUGGCUGAAGGAAUUAAGACAUAUAUAUCCAAGGUUACAGAAAACAUCAUCUCUCAGCACAUGGUUCAAGAAAGACAAACAGUCGAACCGAGUCUGAAAGUUCCCAAUAGCCAGAGGCCCUCCGCUCACCUCACCCUCAGAGACAAUGGAUUACAAGGCUCAACAUCUUUAGCUCCUCAGAGAGAUCUGCACCAGUCUUGUCGCCACCCUGUACGUUCCUGGGGAAACCAAAGCUUCGGCUCACACCUACACAACAUGACAGUGUCCAACGGUCGGCUGCGGAUCCCUCAGACAGGGCGCUAUUACCUGUAUGCUCAGGUCUACUUCCGGUAUAUCACACUGUUUAAUGGCGAUCAUCAGUCCAGCUCUGUGAGUCAGCAGGUGGUGCAGUGUGUGUAUAAGAAGACGGCCUACGCACAGCCCAUUCAGCUGUUAAAAGGAGUGGGCACCAAGUGCUGGGCCCCAGACAGCGAGAAUGCCCUCCAUUCCAUCUACCAGGGAGGCAUGUUCGAGCUGCGAUCAGGAGAUGAGAUCUUUGUCUCUGUGUCAUCUCCUACCGCGGUACAUGCAGAAGAUUCAUCCAGUUACUUCGGAGCCUUUCGUUUUGACCUCUGAGCCCUGCUCAUUUGAGUGUCUCUGAAGUUUUCAGUGUGUGGACUGAGAAAAAGGAAAAGAGUGGGUGGAAUAAGGAAGGAUCUGUGACGCUUCCUGUUUACUCAGAAACCUCUAUGAAGCGAGACCAAAUGACUCAACAGCAGACUAAUUGAAUGCAGAAGGCACAUGCAGCUAUUAAAACCAGAAGGAUGGUUCAUCAGUUGUUGGAAUUGAAAGAUGAACAAAAUGAAUUCUUCUAAAAACCCAGGGUAAAACUCAUAUUCAGAGUUCCUCGAGUUAUCAUUGCUCUUUCUCAAGGAGCAUCACAAAAGUUUUUUCCUUCGGAAAUGUGCAGUAGGAUCUCGAAAGGAGAAGCUAAUGGGUGGUCCAGAGUUUGUGGGAACACAGCUGAGGAAUUUCAUGAAUUUACCAUGAAUAGGUCUGAAUGAAGUGCACCACUAUGAAUGGAUAUACAGAACCCAUUGGUGCUUACAGCUGGUGUGACAGUGACAGACGGAGUCUUAAACAACGGAAAAUGUAAAAAAGAAAAAAACCCUUUUGGCCAAAAGUAUUCAAUAUAAAUAUGAGUUGAAGUUUCAUUUGUACAGGAGCUACUAGUUAGGACAGCUUUAGUGAUGUGAAUUCCUUGUAAAUAAAUCAAAAAUGUUUAAAGAA